CACCUCUAUCAGUUAUAUAAGUAUAAACAUGGGGUACUUUCCAGCAGCAGCCUGUAAUAUUUUAAGGUUUUCAAAAUGUGGCCGCCUAAUGUCAAUGUACCCUUCCCAUUUUGCUGAGCCUAGUUUGAAAAACGAUACUAACAAAAGCAGCGCAUCACAUAUCCCUGUAAAAGCAGCUACGAAUGAUUUAUCCAAUUCCAUAUUUUAUGGUGAACUCAAAAAUAAGCUUAUAAAGUAUAUUACUAAAAAAGGUAAUAGAAGUUUGGCAAGAGAAUUAUUAACCGAAACAUUCGAAAUUAUCAAGCGAACCCAGAUUGAAAGAUUGAUUCUUGCUGGUACAGAUAAAAGCAAUAUAAUAAUUGAUUCGGAACAACUUUUGAAAAAUGCUAUUGAAAAUGCACGACCCUUACUCCAGUUGUCAGCAAUUAAAAGAGGCGGUGUCAAAUAUCAAGUCCCAGUACCGCUUACACAAAAGAAAUCAUAUUUUCUUGCGAUGAAAUGGCUAUUGGAUGCAGCUCGUGAAAAAGACCGUAAAGUUCAUUUACCGGAAAAACUAGCUUGGGAAAUUUUAGAUGCUGCGUGUGGUCAAGGAAGAGUUAUCAAAAAGAAGGACGAUUUACAUAGGCAAUGCGAAAGUAAUCGUGCUUAUGCUCAUUAUAGAUGGAGUUAAUUUCCGAUUUGAAUUACGAAUGACCUCCAUACUUUAAUUUU